GAUCGUGACCAGAAAUCGGUCCGACGACGUAGUAGAAGUAGAAAUUCUCACCGGAUUCGUAGUCGUAGUAGAAGUAGAAGCGUCGAAAAUAAACAUCGACGAUCCCAUAGGAGAAGCAGAAGUAGAAGCGCCGAGAGUAGACAUCAACGACGAUCGCAUAGAAGAAGUAGAAGUAAAAGUAGAGAUCGUAUUACCAGGGAACGUAGUGGAGAACGCCGAAAGCAUAAGAGCCAUCGGCGCGGUAGCAGAAGUCGAAGCAAAGAGAAACGGAGAUAUGAUGAAAGGAGACCACGUCGUAGCAGAAGUCGAGAGGAAGAGGAUACGAGUAAGCGGCGUCGCCUCUCAAAGGAAGAAAUUGUUACAAAGCUCUACUCCUUCUCCAGGAAGAAAUUAUCAUGAUCAACACACGGACAAUGUUGCAACCGAAGAUGAAAAUAGGAAAAGAUUGGUUGAUUCAGUAGAAGAAAUUGAUUCAAUUCAAAACUCACCCCCUAGAAAAAAGGUAGCAGAUGCACCUAUUUUCAAGUCAAAAUGGAACGAUGAUGAAGAUGAGGAGGAAAAUAAGAAGGAAUUGCACGACUUAGGGCGAGACCCACCUUCGUCUUGCAGCGCUGGUCCUAUUGGAGAAGAUCUUUUUCAUUGGCAAGCAACAAUUAUGGGCCCUACCGAAUCUCCAUACACCGGUGGUGUAUUUUUUCUUGCCAUCCAUUUUCCAACAGAUUAUCCAUUCAAACCACCAAAGGUUAAUUUUACAACAAGGAUUUACCAUCCGAAUAUCAACAGUAAUGGAAGUAUAUGCCUAGAUAUUCUAAGAGACCAGUGGUCACCUGCUCUUACCAUUUCGAAAGUGCUUUUGUCUAUUUGUUCGAUGUUGACUGACCCUAACCCAGACGAUCCGCUUGUACCUGAAAUUGCUCAUGUUUACAAGACCGACCGUGCCCGUUAUGAAGCGACGGCUCGGGAAUGGACGCGCAAAUAUGCUA